UAUAUCACUAAUGCCAUGCGGUCAAGUGUGAAGCCACUUGUAAGAGUUACACACUUAUGCGUUUACUCCGCAGGGAGCUUGGUUACUCACUAAAUGUCAUAAGAAAUAUUACAUAGAGUGACAAGCAGUGCAUACAUUCAGUAUCGACGAGAACGCUCCGCGAAAAACACGUGCACUCAUUUCAAACGAUUCUGAUUUGUCUACAUGUCCCUAUAUAAAUAAAUUGUGUAAGAACGAUCAGGAUAGGUUUAUUUUAGACCCAUUAGGAGAUGUCUUUGGCUGAAGUAAGAAGAUGCCCGUUUUUCUUCGAGAUGUAGAAAAUAUCCACAUUUUUAAUAAAAAGAAAUAGUAUCCCGUAUGUUGUAAUCAGAUAAGUUAGUUUUUAGUAUAAUUGUGAUUUAAAAGGUUAUUUCAUGAGUUGAUGAAGAUUUAGGUAUAGAAACUGUUGGGAAUAAUUAGGGGUAAAAUGUGCAGAGUUAGUUUAUUUUCUUUUGUGAUUGUGAUUGUAGUUGGGAUGAUGAUAGUUGAAGGGAGUAAUAUUACGUUGGCGAAACGUGUGAAGAAGGGAUUUUUAGGGAAGAAAUUGAAGAAGGAUUUUAAAAGGCUGAAAAAGCAGGAAGGUGCUCUCAAACUUGUGGAUGGAGACAGAGGAAUAUUUGAAGGUAACGUGGAGAUUCUUCACAAUGGAAAGUGGGGAAAUAUUUGUGAUGACGAAUGGGAUGAAUCAGAGGCGAAAGUUGUUUGCAGACAAUUAGGUUUCGACAGGGCACUCAGGCCUACCACAAAUGGACAUUUUGGUCAGGCUAGACGACGAUUUUGGAUGGAUAACGUAUAUUGUGAUGGUUCUGAAGAAGAAUUGGCAAAUUGUAGAUUUGAUGGAUGGAGCAAGACUGAUUGCGAAAGUGGAGAGGCUGCAGGAGUGAUUUGUUUGAACGAAAAAGAGGAAAGCUGGUCUGAAUCAACCUUGAAUUUCGUAAAAAUGCCUGAGAUGAAGAUGAAUAUCAAGCAGAGUCAUCAGCGAGGAAUGGCCAUUCGGUUAAGUGGAGGUCGUUCACCCAGUGAAGGAAGACUUGAAAUCAACUUAGAAAAUUCAGGAUGGGGUGUCGUUUGCGGGGAUGGAUGGUCCCUCCUGGAAGCAGGUGUGAUUUGUCGCCAGCUGGGAUUAGGCUACGCCAUCGACGCCGUGAAGACGAACUUCUUCGGGGAACAAAAAUUACCGAUGGCCAUUAGUGGUAUUGAAUGCCAGGGCAACGAGCGGAAUUUGGCGGAAUGCCUACACGACAAGGUCGUAGAUUGUCCAGGACCGGGGGAGAAUAUAGCUAGUGUCACCUGCUCGAGAAACGUAGCAGAUCUAGUUUUUGAUCAUAUUGAGCUAAUGAGAACUGCUCAUUUGGAGGACAGACCCCUUUACUGGCUCCAAUGUGCCAUGGAAGAAAAUUGCCUAGCCUCGCAAGCGUACAAAAUACAAAAAGAAUCCGAUUCCUGGCAUUUGGAAACAAGAAGACUUUUACGCUUCACGGCAAGAACUUUGAAUGCUGGUACUGCUGACUUCCGACCUGCUAUCCCAAAACAUCUCUGGGAAUGGCACAUGUGUCACAUGCAUUAUCAUUCUAUGGAAGUGUUUGCGACAUUUGACAUAAUCGAUUCGCAUGGUAAGCGAGUUGCUGAGGGUCACAAAGCAUCCUUUUGUCUUGAAGACAACCAGUGCAUGCCAGGAGUUCAAAGAAAGUACAAAUGCGCCAACUAUGGUGAUCAAGGAAUUUCUGUAAACUGCAGUGAUAUUUACAAGUACAACAUUGACUGUCAGUGGGUCGAUAUUUCGGAACUAGAACCUGGACUUUAUACCUUCAAGGUUGCUGUCAAUCCGGAAUUUAAAGUGGGCGAAAUGUCAUUUGAUAAUAACGCGGCCGUUUGCCAUCUUCUCUAUACAGGAACCUCUGCUUCUGUCCACAGUUGUGUUAUGGCACGACCAUGAUGUAGAUCGAAUUUUUUAAAUUAAUUUCGCAAAGAAUUAACUCAUUCAAGAUGAAUUAAUUAAUUUUGUUGUAAUCUUAGAUAAUGGAAUAAAUAUAUUUUGAAAGAA